AUGAAACGUCAACGUGUGGGAAUUGCCUGCGACAAAUGCCGUGAUCUCAAAGCCAAGGUUAGAGCUGGUACUCCUCUCACUAUAUUGAGCGCUCUCAUCGCUUAUCCGAGUGAAUGUAGUGUGAUGGAAGACAACCUGUGUGAAGGAUAUAUGUUCGCCUGCACCUGGUCGAAAAGAAGACGGCGUGGGUCUCAGAUCGGCCCAGUCGGUACGGACGGAACGCAGCGUCAUUCCCCUGCACUUGCGGCAGACGUCUCCGCAAGGGGAGGCGUUCCAGGCCUCUCGAGAGCUGUUGACUCAUAUGAAUCGCUAAUUCAAGAGUUCCGUUCCUGUUUGGAUGGAGCCCGCCAAUCUGCACUCGAUGCCAGCCUGGGGGAGAUCCGACGCCAUAUCCCGCAUCAGGCGCAGCAGCGUUCGCGAGAGGCUACUGAGGCAACUCCUCCGGCAUAUGACUCUCCAGUAGCAUUUUCUCCUACAUAUGUUGGAAAGGCGAGUGACAUACAUUUCAUACACAGUAUUCGCCAAUGUGUACAGGGACCAACAGAACCAGCUGGAGAAGCCGCCCAGAAUUAUAGUCAAACUCAUAGCCCAGAGAGUUUGACGCUGUUUAAGCAUCCAGUGCUCUUCCCGUCACCAUCUGAAGCGGAGCAAUUCCUGGAUGUCUAUCUUUCAACUAUUCAUGUUGCAUACCCGUUCAUCUCCAAGUCGGUUUUGCUAGAGGCCUUCCAAAGAUUCCAGGCUGGAGACAUCAAUAAGUCAGAAUUUCGGCCAUGGCUCGCACUCUUCAGUACGAACUAA